UCAUCUACUUGCCUGUCACCAGAUGGCUGGAGACUAUGAAGUGCCUCUCUGCUGCUCUGAUCCCACGCAGGGAAAAAACAAGCAGGAGGGAGUAAAACAAAUGGGUUGGAAUGAAGGAAGGAACAAAAGAAAGAAAAGGAGAUGCUGGCAAGAGAAGAGAGUAUAGUGAGAUGCUUAAGAGGUGAGGAAGGCUGAAGCUCACAUAUUCGGUUGAAAUAACUAUCUGAACAUAGCAUUCCUCUUCUCUCUUUUGACCCAAAUGGUAGAUGGCAAAGCAAUAUGGAAACAUUUACACCCUUUGGGCAGGAUAUCAACCCUUCAUAAUAGUGUCUGGAUUCCAACCAGUGAAAGAAGCUCUCAUUGACCACUCUGAAGAAUUUGAAGACCGACUACAGACUCCUUUCAUUAUGGCUAUGACAAAAGGAAAAGGUAUUAUAUUUUCAAAUGGUCACACCUGGAGGCAACAUAGACGCUUUGGUGUAGUCACUCUGCGGAAGCUGGGACUGGGGAAGAAAGGCAUGGAGCAGCAAGUAGCAGAGGAGGCCCAUCAGCUCGUGGAGGUUUUUGCACAUUCAAAGGGGCAACCACUUGACCCCUCCAUGCCCAUCACUAAUUCAGUCUCCAACGUGAUAUGUGCUGUGGCUUUUGGGCACCGGUUUGCUCUUGAGGAUGAACAGUUCAAGAAGCUGAUAGAAGACUUGGAUUUUCUCUCAAAAUUUCUAGGAAGCUUCAUUCAUGCUCUUUGUGAAAUUCUCCCAUGGCUCAUGAAACAUCUCCCAGGGCCCCACAAGAAGGCCUUGUCCUGCAUGGAGAUGGUGCUUUCAUAUGCAAAGGAGGAGAUAGAGAAGCAUAAGGAGAAUCAGUCUCUGCAUGAUCCACAGGAUCUCAUUGAUUUCUAUCUGCUUCAGAUGGAGAAAAGCAAAAACGACCCAGAGUCCACCUAUGAUGAAGAAAACAUGGCUUAUAGUAUUUCCAUGCUCUUCAUAGCAGGGACAUCCACAGCCACCAGUUCUCUGAAAUGGGCACUUCUCCUCCUGGCAAGUCACCCAGAUAUCCAAGAUAAAGUCCACAAGGAGAUAGAAGAUGCUUUAGGUUCUCCUCACACAAUCUGCUAUCAAGAUACGAAGAAGCUGCCCUACACCAAUGCUGUGAUUCAUGAAAUGCAGCGCUUUAAAUAUGCCGUAUUUUUCGGGUCUCCUAGGCAAUGUACAAAGGAUGUGAAGAUGCGUGGUUUUCUCUUUCCCAAGGGGACUGCCGUUCUUUUUGAUCUGCGCUCUGUUCUUCUUGAUCCAACACGAUGGGAGACUCCUGCAGAGUUCAACCCGAAUCAUUUCUUGGACAAGAAUGGACAAUUUGUGGACAGAGAAGAAUAUCUGCCAUUUGGUGCAGGGUCUCGCAUGUGUUUGGGAAUGCAGCUGGCAAAGAUCGAAAUCUUCAUCUUCCUGACCAGCUUGCUGAGAAAAUUCAGCUUCCAGCUGCCAGAAGGAGUGAAAGAACUCAAUCAAGAGCCUUUACUAGGGGCUACAACACAUCCACAUCCUUAUAAACUCUGUCUCUGGUCAAAUAGGCACUAUCCUCCUGGACCUCUCCAGCUUCCUCUCAUUGGAGGCGUGUGGCGGAUUGGGGUGAAGCUUCGUGAUGAUACUUUUAUUAAGAUGGCAAAGCAAUAUGGAAACAUUUACACCCUUUGGGCAGGAUAUCAACCCUUCAUAAUAGUGUCUGGAUUCCAAGCAGUGAAAGAAGCGCUCAUUGACCACUCUGAAGAACUUGAAGACCGACCACAGACUCCUUUCCUUAUGACUAUAGCAAACGGAAAGGGUAUUCCAUUUUCCAAUGGGCACACCUGGAGGCAACAGAGACGCUUUGGUGUGGUUACUAUGCGGAAGCUGGGACUGGGGAAGAAAGGCAUGGAGCAGCAAGUAGCAGAGGAGGCGCAUCAGCUCGUGGAGGUUUUUGCACGUUCAAAGGGGCAACCACUUGACCCCUCCAUGCCCAUCACUAAUUCAGUCUCCAACGUGAUAUGUGCUAUGGCUUUUGGGCACCGGUUUGCUCUUGAAGAUGAAAGGUUCCAGAAGCUGAUAGAAGCCAUGAAUUUCUCCCUAAAAUUUAUAGGAAGCUUCGUUCAUGCUCUUUAUGAAAUGCUCCCAUGGCUCAUGAAACAUCUCCCAGGGCCCCACAAGAAGGCCUUGUCCUGCACAGAGAUGGUGCUUUCAUUUGCAAAGGAGGAGAUAGAGAAGCAUAAGGAGAAUCAGUCUCUGCAUGAUCCACAGGAUUUCAUUGAUUUCUAUCUACUUCAGAUGGAGAAAAGCAAAAACGACCCAGAGUCCACCUAUGAUGAAGAAAACAUGGCUUUUAAUAUUUCCGGGCUCUUUGUAGCAGGGACAUCCACAACCACCAGUUCUCUGAAAUGGGCACUUCUCCUCCUGGCAAGUCAUCCAGAUAUCCAAGAUAAAGUCCACAAGGAGAUAGAAGAUGCUUUAGGUUCUUCUCACACAAUCUGCUAUCAAGAUAAGAAGAAACUGCCCUACACCAAUGCUGUGAUUCAUGAAAUGCAGCGCUUUCAAUAUGCCUUAUUUAUGGGGGCUCCUAGGCAAUGUACAAAGGAUGUGAAGAUGCGUGGUUUUCUCUUUCCCAAGGGGACUGCCAUUCUUCUUGAUCUGCGCUCUGUUCUUCUUGAUCCAACACGAUGGGAGACUCCUGCAGAGUUCAACCCAAAUCAUUUCUUGGACAAGAAUGGACAAUUUGUGGACAGAGAAGAAUAUCUGCCAUUUGGUGCAGGGGCUCGCAUUUGUUUGGGAAUGCAGCUGGCAAAGAUCGAAAUCUUCAUCUUCCUGACCAGCUUGCUGAGAAAAUUCAGCUUCCAGCUGCCAGAAGGAGUGAAAGAACUCAAUCAAGAGCCUUUACUAGGGGUUACAACACAUCCCCAUCCUUAUAAACUCUGUGCUAUUCCCCGUGGCAAUGCAAACCUCUGAUUUUGUUUAAAAGCACUAUUUUCCUCUCAGUGUCCCUCUAGUCCUACUUUACUCAAACUUCUGUCAUUGCUUAAAACAGACACUUUUCCCUUUUAGUGUAAAACCCAUCUCACAAUAUUCAAACUGGAUGGCAGCAUGCUGUGGGCCAUGUGAAGGUGUCAGUUGCUUGCACAUUUAUUUUUGCUGUUUCUUAAUAAAAGUACAAAGGCAUAAGAGGAACUCUGCUGGACCAGGCAAGAUAGGACCCGUCUAGUUCUCCAGAUGUCUGUGGGAAGCCUCCAAACAGGAAACUGAACGCAACAGCACUCUCCUCACUUACAAUUUCCAGAAAGUGAUAUCCAUAGCCACAGUGUAGGCAGAACACAGCCCUUGUGGUUUGUACCCACUGAUAGCUUUAACCUCCAUGAUCCUAUCUGAUUCUCUUUCUGAGCCAUCCAAGUUGAUUGGAAUCACUACAUCUUCUGGGAGCAAAUUCCACAGUUUAAUGUUGCAGAAAUGUUGUAUUGGUCCUCACUUGAACUUAAUGAACCAGAAAGGGCGUGAGUCAAGCAUAUGUGUUAUGGUCAGAAGUCUCUUUGCCAGGGAUCAAUGAAGGUUUUGAUAGCAUAGUUAGAUAUAUCAGCCAGACACUCACAAGUACAGGCCUUGGAAAAGCUACCUCGCUCUAUGUGAAGUGCUGCUAGUAAGCUUUUCUCAUUUGUACUACUGAC